AUGGAUCAAAUUAAUGUCAAGCAUCGUUACAAUCAAUUUGAUUCUUCAGAUUUUGACAUGUCUGACGCCCAACAAGAGCAUGCUUUGGCUGUUGAACGUCUUGCACCAAGUUUAGCUGCUCUCAGGAUUGAACUUUGCCCUGGGCACAUGAGUGAGGGUUGCUUCUGGAAGAUAUAUUUUGUACUUCUGCACCCUAGACUAAAUAAAGAUGAUGCUGAGCUUUUGUCAACUCCCCAAAUAGUGGAAGCGAGAGCAAUGUUAGCACACGAGUUAAAGAACAGAGCUGAGGCAAAGCCAGAAUCAGUUCACUCUUUAAUUGGCUCUUCUGAUUCAAAUAAAAUUGCUGGAAGUGAUGCUUAUUUAAGUGAAACUGUUGAAGCACCAACUGGCUCAAAAUCUGAAUCAGUGUCACUGAAGACAUCUGCCUUUGAUGCAGCCCCUUCUGUAGCAACAGCUGAAUUUGAAACAGAGAAGCACUCAGUUCAAACUACUGAGAUGCAGGUUAUUGACAAGUCCGUUGUCAAGGAAGUGCCUGUGGACACCAAACAUCAACAUGCACUAUCUAGUUCCUCUGCUGGAGUUUCAGAUGAGAAGUUUGAGGAUGAUGGUGAUGAUUGGUUGAAAGAGGAAAGCUCAGAAGUUGUUGGUGUGAGUGGUUCCAAAAUGCAUCUUGGAAAUGAUGAGGAUGUAUCGUUCAGUGAUCUUGAGGAGGAAGAUGAAGAGGUGCCUCCAAGUUAUAAGAAAGCAACAUCUGGCUCUGAUUCUUCAACAAAAGAUUCACGGGAUUGGGUUCAGCUAGGCAGAAGCUCUGCUGAUUCAGCUAAGGAUAUUAAUUCUGUUGGUGAUCAACAUGCUGGGUCUCAGAAGGUAAGUGCUCGCAAUCCUGAGAGCAAGGAAUCCAAUGACUGGCUUGAUGUUGAUGACAUUGAUGAGAUGUGAUAUACCAUAAGAGCCUUUGGGAUUGUAUGUAUCAUGCAUUCUUAUUGCUAACUUCUUGUGAAUAGAUUGCAUAUUUGGUUUCUUCAUUUGAAAUUAGGAUUUGGGUGCUGUAUGUUUGUAAAUAAAGCCCUAUCGAAUUGGACGAUAAUGUGCACCUGAAUUUUAAUCGUUAUUAAUUAAGCACGAUGAUAUGAAAAGUA